UCAUAGUCUCUCUCUCUCUCUCUCUCUCUCUCUCUCUCUCUCUCUCUCUCUCUCUCUCUCUCCGUGUGAUACACAAACAAAACACCAUGGAAAACAAUGUUGAGGAAUACCAGAACUAUUGGGAGACGAACAUGUUCUACCAAACUGAAGAGCUUGACAGAUCAUCACAUCAGAAAAGUUUGGAAAAUUGUGGCAGUUGGGUAGACGAGGCGAUCUCUGGGUACUACGACUCGAGCUCCCCGGACGGGGCGGCGUCCACAGCGGCUUCCAAGAACAUCGUGUCGGAGAGGAACCGGAGGAAGAAGCUCAACGAGAGGCUAUUUGCAUUGAGGGCGGUGGUGCCCAACAUUAGCAAGAUGGAUAAGGCAUCGAUCAUCAAGGAUGCGAUUGACUACAUCCAAGACUUGCACGAACAAGAGAGAAGGAUCCAAGCCGAGAUCCUGGAGCUAGAAUCCGGCAAGUUGCAGAAGGGCCCCGGCGGCUACGACUGCGAUCAAGAUCUUCCGGCCUACUUGAGAUCCAAGAAGAAGAGGACCGACGCGUUCUACGACUCCGGGGGCUCCCGAAUCUCCCCCAUCGAAGUCCUCGAACUGAGGAUCACAUACAUGGAAGAGAAGACGGUGGUGGUGAGCUUGACAUGCAGUAAAAGAACGGACACGAUGGUGAAGCUGUGCGAAGUGUUCGAGUCUCUGAAGCUCAAGAUCAUCACUGCCAACAUCACUGCUUUCUCUGGCCGGCUUUUGAAGACAGUCUUCAUCGAGGCAGAUGAGAAUGAGAAAGAGAAUCUGAAGAUGCAGAUCGAGACGGCCAUCGCGGCGCUUAAUGACCCACAGAGCCCUAUGAGCAUGUGAUCGAAUGGCACGAGAAGAUUGCCCCAGAAAGGUUUCUAGGAAUUGCAAGUUUUUCUGCCUGCGUCCCUCUCUCCCCGUGCGUCUGUUGUCAUUAUUCCUCAGUAUUCUUAUCCGUGCCGCAAUUAAUGUAUUGCAAGUUCAGUUAGUAUAGUUUACUCGUAGUCGAGACUACUCAGUCCGUUGCUCAGCUUGUCUUUGCAAACCACAGAGAGAGGAGAAGGCAAAAAAGAACAUUACCGAUGAAUACAACGGGCGCGGUAGCUUCUUCUUUCUUGA